AUGGUAGGCAAUAGAUUAGUAAAAAUACCAAAAUUAUCAGAACGAAUAGACGUUCCAAAGGAGGUUCAUAAUGGUCAUGGUCAUUUUGGUCAAGAUACAACAUGGGAAAAAUUAUAUGCCAGCUAUUGGUGGCCACAGGCGUAUAAAUAUGUGGCUUCCUGUGGAGAAUAUCAAAUCUUUGCCAAUGUUCCAAAGAAGGUUUCAUUCUUGGGAAAUAUCCCAGUGCACUCUUAUUUGAACGAUUUGUCGAGUACGUUACGAACUGGUCGUGUGCCAAAGCAGUUCCGUAAAACUAAUGGAGAAGCUACAGUCAAAUUUUUAUAUGAAGAAAUUUGUAGUAUCCACGCUAGAUCAUUGUAA